CUUUUUUAGCAUCCGUUUGUUUAGGCAGGGGUGUAUUCAAGGGGGCCGGGCCAGAAGUAAUGCAGGAAGUGAUUUUUGUACAUUUUUCUCUCCUCCACAAAUUCUCUUCCUUUCUUUGUCGAAACUCUGCGGGGUUCUCCAGCUUCGACAGCAGCAAGAAUGCUCCCAUUCCAGGCCGCUCCAGGACAGUUUGGGGAUGAGGUCAGACAGCCAGGACUGAGAUGUUGGCGAGUGGAGAAGAUGAAGGCUGUUCCUCUCGCCCAAGCUGAGGUGGGGGCUUUCUUCAACGGUGACUCCUACCUUGUGCUGGACAACCGGGGUGACCAAGGAGCAGACCUCCACAUGUGGAUCGGAGAGAAAUCAUCUCGUGAUGAGCAGGUAGCUUGUGCCAUGUUAGCUACACAGCUGGAUAACUUCCUGGCUGGAGAUCCGGUCCAGCACAGACAAGUUCAAGGCUACGAGUCCCCAGAGUUCAUGAACCUCUUCCCCCGAGGUGUCAGCUAUAAGGAGGGAGGUGUGGAGUCUGGCUUCAGGAAAUCACAGUCUGGAUCUGGACCCGUUCAGAGGUUAUACCAAAUCAAAGGGAAGCGUAACAUCAGAGCCAAAGAAGUAGAUUUGAGCUGGCAGAGCUUUAACAAAGGAGACUGCUUUAUACUUGACCUGGGCGAGACGAUUGUGUCGUGGAUAGGAUCUCAGGCAAACAUCUUUGAGAAGCAGAAGGUGAGGGAGAUCGCCACAUUGAUCAGAGACACAGAGAGACACGGUAAAGCCCAGAUCACUAACAUCAAUGAGGGAGAAGAGACCCAGGAAAUGCUAAAGGUACUUGGUCCAGUGCCAGAGUUGAAAGAAAGCACUCCAGAGGCGGACAGCCAAGCAGAUGCAUCCAAUUCUGCCUCCCUCUACAAGGUUUCAGAUGCAACGGGGACGAUGAAGUUGUCCAAGGUAUCUGAGAAAAGUCCAUUUGCCAAGGACUUGCUGGUUCGUGAUGACUGCUUCAUCCUGGACAAUGGGGCCAAUGGAAAAAUCUUUGUUUGGAAAGGAAGUGGAGCCAACGCAGAAGAGAAGAGGGCCGCUCUGAAAAUGGCAGAUGACUUCAUUCAGCAAAUGAAUUACCCCAAGAUGAAAACACAGGUGGAGAUUUUACCACAGGGCAGAGAGACUGUUAUCUUCAAACAGUUUUUCCAAAACUGGAAUUAAAUUAAAAAAAUUAAAAAAAAUUUCAGUGAAUGAACUGCACUCUACUAGCUGUCAAAAGACCGUCACUUACUUCAAUAAAUCAGAGAUGCUACAUUAAACAAAUGUACAGUUUUAUUAAAUAAGAUCAGCUUCUAUUCUGGGAGGGUUGCAGUAAUAAUGCAUGAGUGAGAGAGGCUUUAAUAAAUGUCUGUUACCAUAUUUUUAUGAUUUUCAAAGGCCUUUAUAUUGCUAAAUAAAAAUGUUGAACUCG